AUGCAGUAUAAAUACUUAAGAGUCGCGCCCCAUUUGCUAUUAGCACAGCUGAAGAUAGCACUGGGAAAGCAGCAUCAGCGCGCAGAAGAUGGGGGAAGGCAUACCCAUGGACUAGCGCAUCAAAGCCCCCUAAUUAAUGCAACUAUAGAUGCCAGUGUGUGUGGAAGAGAUGCACUCACCGACAGUUAUGGUUGGUUUGUGCAAGCGCUCCUCGCUUCGCUGGCCUUUGGACUCUUGAUAUUAAAGAGAUUCUGCGAGCCCAAGAAGCACAGGAGAUCAUGGCUGGUCUGGUUCUAUGACACCUCCAAGCAGGGUCUGGGAGCCAUGAUCGUCCACUUCUGCAACGUAUUCUUGUCCGAGGCUUUCAAAGGAGACCCGUGUACAUGGUAUAUCAUCAGUUUUCUCCUGGACUCCACGCUCGGCUUAGUCAUCAUCUGGGCUGGAAUCAGACUGAGCAUUUACAUGGGACAGACGAAGGGCAUGCCGACACUCAUCUUCGGAGAAUAUGGUAAGACCUUAGAGGGUGCCACUGCUUGUUAUGCGGCCUUUGUGGUUUACAUGACUUCAGCAGUUUACUUUACUUAA